CUCUUCUUAAGUUAGUGGUGGAACGUGGAAGAGCUGCAUCCUCCGAAGCGGUAAACCAGCACCUCUGUUUGUUUCUUUGCUUUGCCUUAGCUCCACCGCUCCAAACCCACCCACCAGGACUCUGAAUCUGUCCACCCCGGGUGAAGCGAGACCUUCCGGCUGGGUCCCCCGGAUUUGGGCCGACUUUGCACCUCCAAACAACCUUAGCAUGAUGUCUUAUCUUAAGCAACCGCCUUACGCAGUCAAUGGGCUGAGUCUGACCACUUCGGGCAUGGACUUGCUGCACCCCUCGGUAGGCUACCCGGCCACCCCUCGGAAACAGCGGUGGGAGAGGACGACAUUCACCCGGGCGCAGCUAGAUGUGCUGGAAGCGUUAUUUGCUAAGACCCGAUACCCAGAUGUCUUCAUGCGGGAGGAGACGGCGCUGAAAACCAUCUUGCCCGAGUCCAGGGUACAGGUGCGGUUUAAGAAUCGAAGAGCUAAGUGCCGCCAACAGCAGCAGCAAGAGCAGAAUGGAGGUCAAAACAAAGUGAGACCUGCCAGAAAGAGGACGUCUCCUGCUCGGGAAGUGAGUUCAGAGAGUGGAACAAGUGGCCAAUUCCCUCCCCGCUCUAGCACCUCAGGCCCAGCCGUUUCCAGCAGCAGUGCUCCUGUGUCUGUCUGGAGCCCAGCUUCCAUCUCCCCACCGUCAGAUCCCUUGUUCACCUCCUCUUCCUGCAUGCAGAGGUCCUAUCCCAUGACCUAUACUCAGGCUUCAGGUUAUAGUCAAGGAUAUGCUGGCUCAACUUCCUACUUUGGGGGCGUGGACUGUGGAUCUUAUUUGACCCCUAUGCAUCACCAGCUUCCUGGACCAGGGACCACACUCAGUCCCAUGGGUACCAAUGCAGUCACCAGCCAUCUCAAUCAGUCCCCAGCUUCUCUUUCCACCCAGGGAUGUGGAGCUUCAAGCUUGGGUUUUAACUCAACCACUGAUAGCUUGGAUUAUAAGGACCAAACUGCCUCCUGGAAGCUUAACUUCAAUGCUGACUGCUUGGAUUAUAAAGAUCAGACAUCUUCGUGGAAAUUCCAGGUUAUGUGAGGACCUGC